UCUUUUCUUUAUUUUAAUCGAAUUCAAUGUUAUUUCUCGAACAAGAGGUUUACCUACAUAGAUAGUUAUGCACUAUACAACCCUCUUGAACCCUAUGUGUAUAUAUACACGCACGUGCCUUUUCUUUUCUUUUCUCUUUUUUUUUUCGUGUGGCGCAAGUGCAUUUGCCGAAUAAGUGCUUUGAUGUGUUUAUAAUACUAUAUAUAUGUCGAAUAGAUAGGUUGGUAGGUUGCUAGGUUGGAAGGUUGAAUCGUCCUCUUCUUUUCCCAAGCACGGUGCUUGUAAAAGCUUUCUCAAUUGCAGGUGGGGGUGGGCGCCACGACGCCAGGCGUCGCUGUCGUAGAACCGGCGGAUAACGGUGGGGGCAAAUAGGUUCUGGCGUGGUGCGUUGCUGCUGGUGCCCAGAGUACGAUUUUACACCACCCGAUUCGUGUUGAGCCUGCCUAGAAAGUCCAAGGGGUGGAAAUAACAAAAAAUAAAAAAAAAAACGAAAUAAAAUAAAAAGAAACGAAGAAGAGGAACAAAACUUGAUUUUCUAUUAGUUCCUUGGCUCAACGGUUUAAAUAUUAUUAUUCGGAGUGAGAAAAAAAAAUAGUUCCUCCCCCUUCUCUCUUUCUUCGAGGAUUCCGCUACGCUUUUCAUCCCUUGGGUUGUGAAAGGGUGGCGCUCGAAUUAUAUAUACUAUAUAUCGAAAGCCGAAAGCUUAAACUCGCAGUGCAUUUGAGAGUUGAGGGCGAUAGUCCCGAGUCGGAAAAUUGAUCGUGUUGCUCGUCAUCAUCGUCGUCGUCGUCGUCGUCGUCGUCGUCGUUGUCGUUCCAUUCGUUUGAAAUGUGUUACAAGUGAAAAUUUUCUCUUCGUACAUAUACAACCCCUUUUACCCCCCCCCCCCCCGGGAAACAAUUUGCCCGAUCCAUUAUUGUUUUAACGUGAGGUUUGUUCUUUAUAAAUGAAAUUGAAAAAAUAUUCUUCAUUUUUUAAUUGCUCCGGGUCCUCUCAGUGCGUGUGUGAAAAGCACCAGGAACACGAUAAAAGAAUAUAAAUAAGCAAACGCACCCAGAUAUCUAUUUAUAAGUUUAUAGUGAGCAUAUAGGCGAGGAAUUAGUGCGAGAAGAGGAAGCGACCAGGCGCGAGACUUGCUGGCGUGUGAGAAAAAUAUUGUGUGUGAGUUUGUUUCGAAAGGCGAGAGAUCAGUUGGUAAAAAAAAAAGAAGAGAAGAAGAGGAAAAACAACCCCCCUUCCUAUAUUUUACACCUCUCUUUUUUUUAUGAAAAAAAAAAUAGAAACAAAUAUUUCUAUGUAUUUAUAAUCGAAUUUGUUUCACUGGUUUGAGUGGAUCCAUUCAGUUUUUUCAACCCCUUCGGCUCUAUUGUGACUAGUGAGUGCCUAUAAAGUGCAAUACGAACGGAUAUGACGAGCGGAUCCGCCCGGUUCACGUGAUAUCUUCUUCACUUUACUUUUAAGAUGUGCUCGCAGAGGAAUACCAAGAGGAUAACCGGGCCGUAGCAUGCGGAUCAAUUGCGGAAAGAAUGUCUUUUUGACUCCACGUCGAUCAUUGGCCGAAAAUCGGCGUCAAUCGUCGAGGAGCCGCAAGCGAUCAAGAAGAACGGAGUUCGACACUAGCGACCGAUGAGCACGGGGGAUGGCGGCUCAGCGUUGGGCCCUUUACAAGGAGGGGCCCAGCCCACGGCCGCGACCCCCUCCACUGCCACCUCUCCACUUCAACAGUCCCAACAAGUUGCACAAUCCGGAGCCAAUGUCUCACAAACGGGACCCGGAGCCGGAGCCGCGAGUGUGGCUGGUCAGGCCGCAGUCAAAGCUUCGGCUCCGAAACGUCCGGCUCGUCGUGGUGGUAAAGCAGCCUCCGAUAGGCCCGUCAGGGCCCUCUUCUUUCUCACUUUAAAAAACCCCCUCCGGAAAAUGUGCAUCGACGUCGUCGAGUGGAAACCGUUCGAAUGGCUUAUUCUGAUGACGAUUUUUGCGAAUUGCGUGGCUCUAGCUGUUUACACUCCAUAUCCUUAUGGCGAUUCAAAUGCGACCAAUUUCUAUUUGGAAAAAAUCGAGUAUGUCUUUCUAGUAAUUUUCACAGUCGAAUGCAUGAUGAAAAUUAUAGCUUACGGAUUCGUGGCGCAUCAAGGCGCUUAUCUGCGCAACGGAUGGAAUUUGCUGGACUUUACGAUAGUUGUAAUCGGCAACAUCAGCACGAUCUUAACUUUGUUUUUGAAAGAGGGCUUCGAUGUCAAGGCGCUGAGGGCUUUUCGAGUGCUUCGGCCUCUGAGGCUAGUGUCAGGUGUUCCAAGUCUUCAGGUCGUUUUGAAUUCUAUUCUGAGGGCCAUGGUACCACUGUUGCACAUUGCCCUUUUGGUUCUUUUCGUCAUUAUUAUUUACGCAAUUAUUGGAUUGGAACUUUUCUCAGGAGAAAUGCACAAGACUUGUAGAAUAAAUGGAACUGAUGAAGAAAUGGAUGAGCCGCAUCCAUGUGGAAAAGGAGGUUUUCAAUGUGAAAAUAUUGGUGAUAAUUAUUAUUGCAGCGAUAAAUUUUGGGAAGGUCCAAAUCAUGGAAUCACCAACUUUGAUAAUUUCGGUUUGGCCAUGUUGACGGUUUUUCAGUGUAUCACCCUCGAGGGAUGGACCGAUGUGCUUUACGCAAUUCAAGAUGCAAUGGGAAGUGAAUGGCAGUGGAUUUAUUUUAUUUCGAUGGUUAUUCUUGGAGCAUUUUUUGUCAUGAAUCUAAUUCUCGGAGUGUUGUCUGGAGAAUUUUCCAAGGAGAGAGAAAAGGCAAAGGCUCGGGGUGAUUUUCAUAAGCUAAGGGAAAAACAACAGAUAGAGGACGAUCUCCGGGGGUAUCUGGAUUGGAUAACACAGGCAGAGGAUAUCGAACCGGAAGCCGAUGAGCCACAGAUGCAGGAUGGAAAAUCAAAGCAACAAAACGAAAUGGAGAGUACAGAUCAACUCGAGGGCGAUGAGGAUGGAGUUCAACAGGAAUCAUUGUGGAAGCGAAAGAAACGAGACUUGGAAAGAGCGAACAGGCGCAUGAGAAGAGCCUGCAGAAAGGCUGUGAAGUCUCAAGUUUUCUACUGGUUAAUUAUAAUUUUAGUAUUUUUAAAUACCGGAGUCUUAGCGACUGAGCAUUAUCAUCAACCAGAUUGGCUAGAUGAAUUUCAAGAAAUUACAAACAUAUUCUUCAUCGCCCUUUUUUCUAUGGAAAUGAUGUUAAAGAUUUAUAGUUUAGGCUUUCAGGGUUAUUUUGUAUCAUUGUUCAAUCGAUUCGAUUGCUUUGUGGUUAUCGGGUCCAUUAGCGAAAUGAUACUGACGAGAACACAUGUGAUGCCACCACUUGGAGUUUCGGUACUUCGUUGUGUUCGGUUACUUAGGGUGUUCAAGGUUACAAAAUAUUGGAGAUCUCUUUCAAAUUUAGUGGCAUCUUUGUUAAAUUCGAUACAAUCGAUCGCAUCUCUAUUGCUUCUUCUCUUCUUAUUUAUUGUUAUUUUCGCUUUACUAGGGAUGCAGGUAUUCGGAGGAAAAUUUAAUUUUAAUGAUAUGGAUGACAAACCUCGUCAAAAUUUUGAUUGCUUCUGGCAAAGUCUUCUAACAGUAUUUCAGAUUUUAACCGGCGAAGACUGGAAUACUGUUAUGUAUACAGGAAUUUUAGCUUAUGGUGGAGUUGCCAGUACAGGUGUAAUUGCAUGCGCGUACUUCAUUAUUCUCUUCAUCUGCGGUAAUUAUAUACUUCUCAAUGUUUUCUUGGCCAUUGCGGUGGACAAUCUUGCGGAUGCUGAAUCCUUAACAGCAAUCGAGAAAGAGGCCGAGGAGGAGGCGGAGAAACAUAAAUCUCGUAGUCCAUCACCAGAGCACGAUGAAAUUAGUGGCGAUCCUGGUGAUGAUGGAGGUGAUAUUACCGAAGGUGAAGAUGAUGGUGGUGAAACGAGUCUUGAGCAGGAUCCUAAUGAAACCAUGGACGAUUACGAGGCGGCUCUAGACACUGAAAAUUCCGAGAAAGGUGAUGACAUGAACAGCAGAGGCAAAGUUCGUUUAAACAUUGACUCUGACGAGGAAGAUCUUGAUGCUGAAGAUGAGGAAGACGAUCAAACUGAAAUGCAUGAUGGAAUCGAUGGAGAAGUGUCUGCGAGGCCAAGACGAAUGUCUGAAUUUAACAUGGCAACUAAGACUCAACCAAUUCCUCCCGGCAGUGCUUUCUUCAUUUUUUCACAAAAGAGCAGGUUUCGUAUCUUCUGUCAUUGGGUUUGCAAUCACAGUUAUUUUGGUAAUAUAAUUCUCGUCUGCAUUAUGAUUUCGUCGGCGAUGCUGGCUGCCGAGGAUCCUUUGAAAUCAACGUCACCAAGAAAUUUGGUCCUCAAUUAUUUUGAUUACUUCUUCACCAGUGUGUUCACAAUUGAAAUUUGCUUGAAAAUGAUUUCCUAUGGAGCUUUCAUACACGACGGCGCUUUCUGCAGAUCGGCCUUCAAUCUUCUCGAUCUUCUCGUCGUCUGUGUUUCUCUCAUUUCUAUAGUUUACAGUUCCGGUGCGAUAUCAUUUGUGAAAAUCCUGAGGGUACUACGAGUUUUGAGGCCAUUGCGAGCAAUAAAUCGCGCCAAAGGCUUGAAGUACGUAGUCAAGUGUGUGAUUGUCGCCAUUAAAACGAUUGGCAACAUUAUGUUGGUCACCUAUCUCCUACAGUUCAUGUUUGCUGUUAUCGGGGUACAGCUGUUCAAGGGGAAAUUUUUUAAAUGCAAUGAUGGAUCAAAAAUGACAGAAGCUGAAUGCCAAGGCACUUACAUAAUAUACGAUGAUGGAAAUAUUGACAGGCCUAAAGUGGUGGAAAGAGAAUGGACGAAACAUCGUUUUCAUUUUGAUGAUGUCGCUAAAGCAAUGCUAACACUCUUCACUGUUUCCACAUUUGAGGGAUGGCCCGGAUUAUUGUACGAUUCAAUUGACUCGAAUAGAGAAGAUUAUGGACCAAUUCACAAUUUUCGUCCAAUAGUUGCUACUUACUAUAUUAUAUACAUUAUUAUUAUUGCGUUUUUUAUGGUCAACAUCUUCGUGGGUUUCGUUAUUGUAACAUUUCAAAAUGAAGGAGAACAGGAGUACAAAAAUUGUGAACUCGAUAAAAAUCAACGAAAUUGCAUUGAAUUUGCUUUGAAAGCGAAACCAGUGAGACGCUAUAUUCCAAAGCAUCGAAUUCAAUACAAAGUGUGGUGGUUUGUAACAUCCCAGCCCUUCGAGUAUACAAUAUUUAUUUUAAUUAUGAUAAACACUGUAACUUUGGCAAUGAAAUUCUACAAUCAACCGGAUUUCUAUACAAAGGCCCUCGACGUUUUGAAUAUGAUUUUCACCGCAGUAUUUGCUCUUGAAUUUGUUUUCAAACUUGCCGCCUUUCGAUUUAAGAAUUAUUUUGGAGACGCCUGGAAUGUUUUCGAUUUUAUUAUUGUUCUGGGAAGUUUCAUCGAUAUUGUUUAUUCCGAAGUGAAUCCUGGUUCGAGUAUCAUUUCGAUUAAUUUUUUUCGACUUUUUCGCGUAAUGCGACUUGUGAAGCUACUCAGUCGUGGGGAGGGCAUAAGAACCUUACUCUGGACAUUUAUUAAAUCUUUUCAAGCUCUUCCCUAUGUUGCUCUAUUGAUAGUGAUGCUGUUCUUCAUUUACGCUGUCAUUGGAAUGCAGAUAUUUGGACGAAUCGCCAUCGACGAUGAGACGCACAUUAAUCGAAACAACAAUUUUCAAACAUUCUCACAAGCUGUUCUUAUUUUAUUUCGAUCAGCGACGGGCGAGGCUUGGCAAGAAAUUAUGCUGGACUGUUCAGCUCGAGUCAAUAUAGUGAAAUGUGACAAGAAAAGUGAGGAUAAAGAUAAGGAUACCUGCGGUUCGGAUAUGGCGUUUCCAUAUUUUAUAUCCUUCUAUGUUCUUUGUUCCUUUCUCAUUAUCAAUCUUUUCGUGGCUGUAAUUAUGGAUAAUUUCGAUUAUCUAACUAGAGAUUGGUCAAUUCUUGGACCUCAUCAUUUAGACGAAUUUAUUCGACUCUGGUCGGAAUACGAUCCGGAUGCAAAAGGACGAAUCAAACAUUUGGACGUUGUCACGCUCUUGAGAAAAAUUUCCCCGCCACUUGGUUUUGGCAAAUUGUGCCCUCAUAGAGUAGCUUGUAAGAGAUUAGUUUCCAUGAAUAUGCCAUUGAACAGUGACGGAACUGUUCUUUUUAAUGCAACUUUAUUUGCUGUAGUUAGAACCUCGUUACGAAUAAAAACCGAAGGUAAUAUUGACGAUUGUAACGCAGAGUUACGAGCGGUUAUAAAAAAAAUUUGGAAAAGGACGAGUCCAAAAUUAUUGGAUCAAGUCGUUCCACCGCCGGGUGUGGAUGAUGAAGUCACAGUGGGAAAGUUCUACGCGACUUUUCUAAUUCAGGACUACUUUAGGCGAUUUAAGAAACGAAAGGAACUUGAAAUGAAGGAAGGGGACAAAGAUUGUCAUAACGCCGUUACGUUACAGGCUGGUUUGAGAACUCUACACGAAGCUGGUCCAGAGCUAAAGAGAGCAAUUUCGGGAAAUUUGGAAGAACUAGUCGAUGACAAUCCUGAACCAACGCAUAGGAGAAAUCACUCGCUUUUCGGUAGCGUGUGGUCGAGUAUGAAGAAAGGUCAUCACAGUUUUCACAGAGCGAGGUCGCUCAAAACAAAUUCCACUAUUCCUAAGACUUCACCGACUAGUUCGAUAGACUUUUUGCCGUACGCUUCCUUACGCAGAGUAAAGCACGAUGCUACAAAUCAAGUUACUGCAAGAUCCCAUCAAGUAGUGCCCAACAUCGGAAGUGGUAUGAGUGACACUACAAUGAAUCAAAUGGGAACUGAUCCAAGACUGACUGGAGUUGAGGAAAAUAUUCCACUGAGACCACUCGCAGUUUUUGGUAUUCCUGGCCAGCAAACAAAUUACCAAACUACUUAUAAAGUACUCGAUCUUCAGGACGGAAUCGAGCGGCAGUUGACGCCACCCACACCUCCUCCAAGAAGGAACCCACCCCCGCCCGCAAAUAUUAUUGUCACCGUCACAGCCACGACGACCGUCACGACCGUCACAACGGUGUCGACGAGCGUCACGACUGCAACGAGUACGACUUCAUCGUCAACGACCGCAACAAGUCCCAGCCCUGCAUCCUCCACGAAUGGAGGUCCUGCAGCUUGUUACUAUGCUUAUGCGACAAGAGGAUGCUGCGUCGAUUGUGCAGUCUGGAACAAUCACGCCGUAGUUGAAUGCGAUGACGAUUCAUCGGCUGAAAGUGCGUCCAGUGGAUCAGGUAGAAGGAAUGGCGAUAGCGAAGGGUGGGUUCGACCACCAAGGAAAUCAUCGUCACGACGCUCGCGACAACGAAAACGAGACGCGGUUACUGGAAAAAGUUCUUCGUUUCGCCAAACCGGUAAUGUUUCUCAACAAGCUGAAUCAGGAACGGGAAAUCAAGCCACCAGCGGUCGUACUGUGGCAAAUGGUCUUAAAUUGGCACAAACUCAGGCAAUUGCCGUUGCUGGAUUCCUGGCAGAUGUCGAUUCUCGACAGUGGAAGGUCUGUGAUACUUGUUUUUCACAUCGAGCUUCCUAUCACGGCAGAGUUUCUUGGGCUGGAGAAAGUAAUGGCAGUGUUGGUACAGAGCGAUUGUCGCACAGCUUGCCCGGAAGUCCCGCUGAUCGGAAACCGAAUUUUGAAGUUAUUGGAAGUGCCGAGAGUCUCGUUGGUCGGGUGCUCGUAGAACAAGGUUUAGGGAAAUAUUGUGAUCCCGAUUUUGUAAGAUACACGUCAAAGGAGAUGCAGGAGGCGAUGGAUAUGACACGAGAGGAAAUGGACCGAGCGGCUCAUCAAUUGUUACUUCAAGAGCGACGAGGACAACCGUUGACGUUUCAACUUCAACAGGGAAUGGAUCAACAUUGGAACUCGUCGUUUCAUCAGGGUCAACAACCAGCAAUUGGUUAUGAGCCGCUUCAGGAGCAAUCGGCUCCGCCUCAAGUUCAACAGCAGUAUCAAACCUAUCAGCAACAACAGCAGCAUCAGCAGCAACCUCCGUCUUAGCACUAGUGAAAACGCGCGAAGCGUGUUUCUUCAAACCUAUCUCUUUGAUGGAGCCGGAUAAGAAAUGAAUCCGGAUUUUUUGGGCUACUCUUUUCGUUACAGUGUAACCCAAGAGGAAAAAAAAGAUCGUCAUUC